AUUGUCAUUUUGAUUGUCAUUUGUAAAUUGUCUUUGGUAUUUUUAGUUGUUCACCGUUUAUUUUCAUAUCAGCUUUUAUUAAUUUAUUGUAUUGAAGACAUAGGAACUGAACGGUCUUCAAAAUAUUAUUCUGUUGCUAAUUAUUGUGCUGUAUUUUCUUAAAUCUACGACCAUUAAAUAUAUUUAUAUAAAAAUGUUUGCACGAAGUCUUUUCAGUCGAGUUAUUCCUUUAGCGCCAGAAAUAAUUAAAGCGGCGCGAGUUUUAAAUGCACAAGCCCAACAAGUUUCAUUACCUCAUAUCGCUUUGUGCAAAAAAGUUCCCAAUGUUCUGGUACCGCGGUUUUAUUCUCAAGAAGCUACGUCCGAAGUGAUGACAGCAGACUACGAUUAUGUUAAGAAGGCGACGACUAACAAUGACGUGUUGAUCAUAGAUGUGAGAGAACCAGAUGAAAUCAAAGAACACGGAAAGAUCCCGAACAGCAUUAAUAUUCCGUUGGGUAGUGUAUCAUCAGUCUUCACCAGCAUGUCAGAAAAGGAAUUUCAAAAUAUCUAUAAUAGGCCAAAACCAAAAGAAAAUUCAGAAGUUAUUUUUUACUGCAUGAUUGGCAAGAGAUCUGGAAAAGCUCAGCGGGAAGCCAUCAAAGCUGGAUACAAAAAUGUGAAGAAUUACCUUGGCAGUUGGACAGAAUGGGCAAGCAAGCAGUAAUUAUGUCUAUUGUAGUGACAAAUUACCUAAUUUAUACUCCAUUGUUUAUUUAAAGCUAUAUAAACUGAUUUUGAUGUAUGUACUUAAACAUACUUUUUACACAGUUAUAAAAUUAUAGUUAAUUGUCUAUAUGAUUCUUUUUAAAUAUUCUGAACCAAGUAGUCAAAAUCAUUUAGGUAGGUUACAGGUAUAUAUUGUACUCUCAAAAUAACUGUUAUUGUAAAUCAAUAAUGUAUGAAAACUAUAUUGAUUAUUAGGUAUAUUACACACUAUAUUGUGCAAUAUGCUUUUUAUGGAAAAUGAUUUUAUUAUAGAAUUUCUUACAAUUGUUAAACUAUAACAUUUAUUUUAUAUAUUGUUAAAUAGAUAAUAAAACUUCACCAGGCUGUGGUGGGGUGACAACCUUUGCGGUCUUAAAUUCUCACUGAUAACAGAGAUAAAAUAAUAGCAUGUAACUGUUUUUAGAUAUUGUGUUCAUUUAAUGGUUUGUUUAAAGUCAGUAAAUUAUUUAUUGCAUUGCAA